GGGGCCCAGACCUUCCUUGGUAUCCUAAGACCCCACACAGUUAUUGUUAUUACAUUCGGUAGUGUAAUACGUGCCGGAUACACGGCGGCAUGUAGAGUUUUAAUUAUAAUGUUGAUUUUAUAUUUGAUUUAAAGCAGUAGUAAAUAACAUGUCUUGAAUCUCAAUGCCUAAUAAGGACAAACAUAUGGAAAAUAUCAAUCGACAAGUCUCAGUGAACGUGAUUAUCUAAGUUGAAACUCGUAAUAAGUUAGUUAGUUGGUUGGAGUAGAGUUGAAGUAAUGAUGGUGAUCGGCGAAAAUGUGAAACAGAAUAUUGAUGGAUUUGAUACAAAAUAGUUAAACAAAAUGGUGAUAUUUCUCUGAGUCUUCAUCUUACACUUCGUUUAUCAUUAAAUAUUAAGAUAGGGGCACCGCUAGAAAUAGUGGUCCCAACAUAAUUGGAGGCACCGCCCGGAUACACGGAUCUACGGAUACACGGAUCUACGGAUACACGGAUCUACGGAUACACGGAUCUACGGAUACACGGAUCUACGGAUACACGAAUCUACGGAUACACGGAUCUACGGAUACACGGAUCGAAUGAUGGCGAGGGAAGCAGAUGGAGAUGUAGUGCGUGAAAUGGCCGCGGAAAUUAGGCAAGUGUUGAAGAAACUUCGGAAAGCUAGAGGAGCUCACAGAGCUUAUGUUACAAGAACGAUCGCCAUAGCCAUGGAACGAGUAAAGAAUUUUCGGACAGGAGAUAAAAAAGAGCUUCUGAAAUACAAGGGGGUCCUGACGGAUAAGAAGAUGGUCUUGCAGAAAAUGGAUGAAAAAGUGUUGGAAAUUUUGAGUGACCAGAGUGAUGGGGACGAAUGUAUUCAAGAAGUAGAGGAAUCUGAGGCAAUUGCAAUGGAAAUAUCGGAGGUGCUUUUAGAGAUCGAAGAAAUCUUGGAAAAGGACACCGCCCUACAGCAUGCACCCGUGGAAAACACCUCAUUCUCUGGGAGCAGUUUGACAAGGAAGGCAAGAGCAAAGUUACCCAAACUGGAGCUGCAAACUUUUGACGGAACGCCACAAGAUUGGCCUGAGUUUUGGGAUGCGUUUAGCAGUACAGUGGACGAUGAUGAGGACCUUCCGGACGCGGUGAAGUUUCAAUAUUUGAAGAAGUCAUUGUUGGAGCCAGCGAAGUCGGUAAUUUCGGGAUUCAAAAUGACAGCGUCAAACUACAGAGCCGCGGUGGAGCUGUUACAUCAACGCUUUGCGAAACCGACAGUGAUCAAAAGAGCCCAUAUCAACGAGAUGCUCAAAAUCAACAGCGUGUAUGACGAAAGGCGGGUUGACAGGAUGCGAUCUCUGCACGACAGCGUUGAAACGCACUUUCGCGGGUUGGAAGCUCUGCAUGUCAACGAAGAGACAUAUGCAAGCAUUGUUGUGCCAGUUCUGCUGGAAAAGAUCCCCCAGGCCGUUCGUUUGAACAUGGUGAGAGCGUCCAGCAAAGAUCAUUUGGAGUGGUCUGUGAGAGAUUUUUUGGAAAGUUUGAGCAAGGAAAUUGAAGUCAGGGAAAUACAAGCGCCGAUUUUUGGAACAGGGGGCACGGAACGGAGAGGCUACACCCCACGGAGAAUGGCGGACAGGUUAAUCGAUGGCACGGCAACGGCAUUGCACACUUGGAGAGCGGACAGCCAGAAACGAUGCGCCUUUUGCCAAGAAAAUCACGAAGAAGAACGUUGUUCUAAAAUUACAAACUUGGACACGCGUAAGAGCAUUAUUAGAAAGUAUGGUCGUUGUUUUGUUUGCAUUAGGAAAGGGCAUAAGGCUGUAGAUUGUAGAUCAAAGAUUAAGUGUAAGAAGUGCAACGGUAAACAUCACAUAUCUCUGUGUUAUUUUUCAAGGAUUUAACCGUAAGUAAGAAUCCUAGCCCUUUAAGACCCUCAGCUCCUCCUUUUGUAGGAACCUCUACAGGUAGCACUAACGUAGCAUCGUGCACCAAUAGUUUAGGCCCUGGUAGUUCUGCAGCAUUGCAAACCGCCCUAGCUGUUGUUAAUGGGAACGAUAAGGUUAAGGUGCGCGUACUUUUUUAUAGUGGGAGUCAGAAGACCUUUGUAACCCCCACUGUAGUGGAGAGAGCAAAGCUACAAGUUGUGAGGAAGGAGAAUUUAGGGAUUAAAGCCUUUGGAAGUGAGACGGCAGAGAGGAAAUUGCAAGAUGUUGUAGAGCUGGAUUUGAGGGCUGCGAGAGGUGGUAAAAGAGUGAAAGUAGAAGCGUAUGUUGUUGAGAAAAUUUCAGAAAUAUCUAAUUGCCAUGUUGAGAUUGUUAAAAGUAAAUAUAAACAUUUAGCGGAUAUCGAGUUUUCUGAUGUUUCUGAUGAGAUUAGUUUACAGGUCGACGUGUUAGUAGGAGCAAAUUUCCUCUGGGAAUUUCAAGGCAAACAGACGAUACGAGGGGAGAAAAACGAGCCAGUCGCAGUCGAGACUACGUUAGGAUGGGUGCUCUCGGGACCGUUGAAUGAAGGUACAAGUAUUUGUUGAAAAACCUGGACCAUUUUUGGAACAGAUGGCGAACCGAGUACUUAGUAAAUUUGCGGGAGCACCACAAGCUUUCAGGCAAAGAUACGGCCAAAAUUAGAGUUGGAGAUACCGUAGUGGUACA